AGCACAUAGCGCACAAUUGGUGCGUCGGUGAGGCGGUCGUACACCUCCGACUGUACUCGAUCAUCUUCGUUGCCCUACCACCCUAAGUGCCCCUCCCAACGGGGGCGAUUCGGAGAUCUGCGGUGAUGGUCGUUCAGUCAACGUUCAUAAAUGAUGACGUAAGGUCACAGCUCGUAGCGAGCUAGCGAUUCGUGGUACGUGGUAACGGCCAGUCAGUGAACCUCGGACGGAAAUGGGGACGCAAAAGCCCGGGGAAUGGGCGAAUGUGCUAAUCACGCGUUUCGAGGAUCAGCUGCCAUGUCGUUCCGGUCCCGAAAGUCCUCAUUCGCGGGUGAACGAAAAGAAGAGCAAGCAAUGUCUAAUAGAAAUCUCUCAGUAUCGUUUCUCCCUCGUUAUAUCUGGUCUUACGAAGAUGUUGCAACGAGUCAAUGAGCUUACGCCGAGCACGAGCAGUCAGCGGCCGUUUCAAUCCAAAGAGCAAGAUCGGCAGGAAUCCAUCAUUAUCGUUCUGGAUACGCUGGAGAAAUGCUUGGCAAAUACACCAAAGGACACAACGAAAUUCGAAGAGGCGAUGAAUGUAAAAUUGUUGCUUCGAGAGAUAUGCCAGUUCAUAGGCAUGCCCUACGACAGUCCACAAACGAAAAUGAUUAGGGAUUUAGCGAGCAAAGUACUGUUCGCUUUAAGCUUGAAUUUCUUCAACGCUGUCUUUAACCGGAUAUCUGCCAGGCUUCAGGAACUGCCCAAUAGCGGGGACGAGAAUUCAGAUUAUAGUGACAUUGAGUUAAUGCAGUAUAUCAAUUUUGAUGUACACAGAUUAACCAGACUACUGAAUGAAAUUAUACAGAAAGUCCGGCAACUAACUGGCAAGAAGUCAGCGUAUCUCGUGAUUAUGAAUCCCUUGGAGAAAGCUAUCUGGAAUUGGAUGGCUACGUAUUCGCAGGAGUUCGCCGAUGUACAAAAGCAGCCUAACGGAGAUCUUAGUAAGGCGUGUGAGGAGUUAUUCGACAUUCUCGACACAUUCGUUGCCGAGAAAAAGAGUCGCGCGGCCUCUGUUUGGCCGUUGCAGGUGAUGUUGUUAAUACUCUCGCCCAAGGUGUUGGAGAUCGUGAACGCCGAUACUGGGCCACCCGGUUCUCCACGGUAUUCGAAGAAGAAGCAGUUCAUCGACAACGUGAAACGUAGUCUAAGAAUGCACGGUAGCUCUUCUAGUCGCCAGUUAUCUGAGGCUGCGGCUGUCACAUGCGUCAAUCUCAUUAAAGCAGCCACGUAUGUCAGCAACGAUUCUGUCACCAGCAACGAUUCUGUCGUCCUAAUUCUGGCGAAGCAACUGAUGGACGAUUUAAUGAGCCUUCUCUUCAACCCUUCGAAACAAUUUUCACGCGGACAGAAUUAUAGCGCGCAGGACAUCGAUUUGAUGAUCGAUUGCUAUGUUAGCUCCUUUCGUAUCGAUCCAGUCAACAACGAAGCUUUUUUUAAGUUUUGUUUGAAUGUCAACUACCCGUCAACGUACCAAUUCGUCCUAGUCAGCUCACUAUACAAAAUCUUCACACAGCCGAGAUUAUCGUGGUGGCCAGAGAACAGUCUUGUAUAUUCAUAUGGCACAGACCUCAGGAAUAUGUUUACUGAUACCCUGAACAAAAUGACGCAGAACUGUAGUAAUACGCCGUUGCGCAUGAUUCACAAUUUUUCUCUCAAGUCUAAAGAGGAGAUAGCCAAUUCUAAAAACUUGUUGUUGGUGUUGGUGCGACUCAUUCACGUGGAACCUAUGUUAAUGUUGCAUAAUUACGGCACAGCUGGUCACGAAAUACAAAAGUCCACUUUAGAGCUGAUUAAUGGACUUGUCUCAUUAGUCCAUCAGCCCACAAUGCCAGAUAUUGCCCAUGAAGCGAUGGAAGCUUUAUUAGAACUACAUCAUCCAGAUAAGAUCAAAGCGUGGAAUCCAGAAGCGCCGCUUGAUACUUUCUGGGAUGCCAGUUCGCAAGUCGUCUUCUCAAUCUCUCAGAAAUUGAUUCAACAUCAAAUUUUCAAUUAUACAACUAUACUCAAAUGGCUUCGCAAGAUACUGAGUUGCAGGGAUGCUUUUCUUUCUCAAUACAAAGAUUACGCGAAUGUGGAGAGUCACGUUGUGAUUAGCAAACAAGCACAUGUUAAACUUGAGGUCAUGUGUUUGAUGUAUUUAUGGAGCAUAGACAUAGAGGCUGUUUUGGUAUCCAUGUCCUGUUUUGCACUAUUAUGUGAAGAAGCUGAAAUUCUUUGUGGCAGCGAUGGAGUAGCAGUGACCUGUUUGCUUCCCAAUUAUCAGCUGUAUUUAGAAUUGGCGCAAGCUUCGACGGUAUUGAUCUCUGCUCACGGGGAGACUAGACUAUAUUAUCAGGAAUAUAAUUACGGGCGUGUCACAUUACAAAAGAAAAUAUUAUCUCUAUUGAGAAAGAUAGAACAUUGCGUAAAUGGUGUACAACCAGCUUGGGAAGAAACAUUUAAAAAUUGGGAAGCGAUUUCACGGCAGUUAUCCAAUUAUCCUAAAAGCAAAACUGAGGAUGUACAGGUAGAGCCGUUUUGUCGCGGCAAUGUAAAACGGAGAGCGGCGCACCAAAAUUCAGAACACGAAAUGGAAGAACAAAUUAACGAGUGGGCUAAUAUGACAGGGUUUCUUUGCGCUUUGGGCGGAGUAUGUCUACAGCGUCGUUCACCUAAUAAACCACCAUAUGGUGUAUUCCCUUUUAAUCCGGAACAUAAAAGGAGUUUGAUAAGACAACAGGAUUCUGUCUCUGGUUCAUCAAAUUCUAAUCAAGAAGCACAAUGUUGUCCAGUGACACAAUUCGUAUUUAACUUACUACGAUUAUUAAUUUGCAACAAUGAGAAACUUGGCAAUCAAAUACAGAAACAUGUAAAGGAGUUGGUCGCACACGAGAUGAGUCCUGCUCUAUAUCCAAUAUUAUUCGAUCAGAUAAAAAAUUUUGUUGAGAAAUUCUUCGACCCACAUGGUCAUGUAGUGGUUUCGGAUUUAAACACACAAUUUAUUGAGCACACUAUAUUUAUAAUGAAAAAUAUUUUGGAUUCAACGACGGAUCAACCAUCGGAAUAUCUUGGAGUGACUAGCAUCGAAGGCAUGAUGUUGGCAAUCGUUAGAUACGUCAGGCACUUAGACAAGACGGUGCACUCGAUUUUAAUUAAAACCAAAUUAUGCCAGCUAGUUGAAGCUAUGAUGAAGAGACGGGACGAUCUUGCGUUUAGACAGGAGUUGAAAUUUCGUAACAAACUAGUUGAAUAUUUAACUGAGUGGGUAAUGUGUACACAUCCUCAUUCUUCAACAACUGCCAACGAUAUUCUAACUUAUGCCACAGAUUUGGAUCAAGCUAGUAUGGAAGCAGUAGGAGCAUUAUUACGUGAACUGCCUCUACAACCUGAAGAUUCUGAUCGUGUUGAUUUGAUGGAAGCAAAAUCUGAACUUUUUUCGAAAUAUUUUACGCUGUUUAUGAAAUUAAUGAACUACUGUAACGGUCCAUCAUCAACAUCAGAAGACAAAGAUGUUGUAUCUCGGCCUACUUUAACGACUAACAAAGUAGCCAUUUUGCGCAACACUGCUAUUCAAGCUAUGAGUAAUCUUCUUAGUGCUAAUAUAGACAGUGGCUUGAGGCACUCCAUACAUUUGGGCUACAACACAGAUCUGCAGACGCGAGCCGCAUUUAUGGAAGUGUUGACUAAAAUUCUUCAGCAGGGUACGGAAUUUGAUACUCUUGCUGAAACUGUACUAGCGGACAGAUACGAACAAUUAGUUCAACUUGUUACAAUGAUCAGUGAUAAAGGCGAAUUGCCUAUCGCCAUGGCACUAGCUAAUGUAGUGACGACGAAUCAAAUGGAUGAGUUGGCGCGUGUCUUCGUGACACUAUUUGACGCAAAACAUUUGUUAUCACCAUUAUUAUGGAAUAUGCUCUACCGAGAAGUCGAGCUAACUGAUUGUAUACAGACUCUUUUUCGUGGUAAUACUCUGGGAAGUAAGAUCAUGUCCUUCUGCUUUAAAAUUUAUGGCACCAGCUACUUGCAAGGCUUACUCGAGCCUCUCAUCACACCUUUACUGGAGAACUCAACAAUUCAUUUUGAAGUAGAUAGCGCAAGGAUUGAUUCUAGCGAAAAUAUUGAAAAAAACGGUGAAAACUUAAUCAUGUUGACACAAAAAGUAUUCAAUGCUAUCAUAUCAUCGGCAGAUACGUUUCCUCCGCAGUUACGCUCUAUGUGUCACUGCCUGUAUCAAGUAUUAUGCAAGAGAUUUCCGCAAUCUCCACAAAGUAACAUUGUAGCCGUAGGAACGGUGAUAUUUCUGCGUUUCAUUAAUCCUGCAAUCGUCUCACCUCAAGAGUCUGGUAUCAUAAAUAAACCAGUACCACAUGAAAUUAAACGAGGCCUAAUGCUUAUGUCAAAAAUAUUGCAGAACAUUGCAAAUCAUGUAGAGUUUAGCAAGGAGCAGCAUAUGUUGCCUUUUAAUAAUUUCUUAAGAACGCAUUUUGAGAUUGGUCGACGAUUUAUCAUACAGAUAGCAUCGGAUUGCGAAACAAUUGAUCAAACCAGUCAUCCUAUGUCAUUCGUUUCGGAUGCCAAUGUAUUGGCGUUGCACAGGUUAUUGUGGAAUCAUCAAGAAAAAAUUGGAGACUAUCUUAGUAGUAGUAGAGAUCAUAAAGCUGUCGGAAGGAGACCAUUUGACAAAAUGGCUACGUUAUUAGCGUAUCUUGGGCCACCCGAGCAUAAACCGGUGGAUUCCCACUCGCUUUUUUCUACUACUUACGUUCGCAUGUCACGAUGGGCGAAUAAAGACAUGUCGUCCACUAAUUUUGAAGAGAUCAUGAUGAAAUAUAAUAUGCACGAGAGAGAAGAAUUUAAAAGUAUUCAAAGCAUGAAUAUUUUUUAUCAAGCAGGCACCAGCAAACAAGGCUAUCCAGUGUUUUAUUACAUUUCACGACGAUUCAAACUUGGCGAAACGAAUGGCGAUCUACUGAUAUAUCACGUCAUUCUAACUUUAAAACCUUUUUAUCAUUCUCCAUAUGAUGUAGUCGUCGAUCUUACUCACACGUGUUCAGAUAAUCGGUUUAGGACAGAAUUUUUGCAAAAAUGGUUUUACGUUCUACCUGCGGCAGCCUAUGAAAAUCUUCACGCGGUAUACAUUUAUAAUUGUAAUAACUGGGUACGUGAAUACACAAAGUAUCAUGAUAGUAUUCUGGCACCAUUGAAAGGUAAUCGAAAAAUUAUUUUCAUUGAUGGCCAAGGAAAAUUAAACGACGUGAUCGAUGUCGAACAACAAAAAUUACCUGGAGCAACAUUAUCUCUGGAUGAAGACUUGAAAGUCUUCAUCGGCGUCUUGAAACUAUCUCAUAAAGAAAUGAAGGUAUGCGUGAAGAUCGGACCAACGACACUACAGAUAACGCAUACAGAUAGAUCUAAAGUGUUAUCGCAAUCCAUUCUCUUAAAUGAUGUCUAUUAUGCGUCCGAAAUAGAAGAAGUUUGCUUAGUGGAUGACAAUUCAUUUGUGCUGAGCAUUUCCAACGAAGCAGGACCUUUGACUUUCGCUUACAGUGAUUGCAACAGCAUCGUUCAGAAUAUAGCUCACAUUAGAAGUCGCUGGACUCUAUCGAAUCCGAACUCCUUGGCCGUUCACUCGAAAAUCAGGCCUAAAGAUGUGCCCGGUACUUUACUGAACAUGGCUCUACUGAAUCUCGGUAGUCCUGAUCCUAAUCUUCGGACUGCCGCAUACAAUCAUCUAUGCGCGCUUACAGCAACCUUUGGCUUGAAAAUAGAAGGCCAAUUGUUGGAGACGUCCGGUAUCUGCAUACCAUCGAAUAACACCAUAUUUAUCAAGCACUUAAGUGAGACUUUGGCAGCGAACGAUCCGCAUCUCACGCUCGAGUUUCUCAAAGAAUGCAUACAAGGCUUCAGGGAAUCGACUAUUGAACUGAAACAUUUAUGCCUAGAAUAUAUGACGCCGUGGCUCAGCAACCUCGUGCGAUUUUACAAACCCCACGACGAAAGCAAGCGGCAGAAACAGGUUACAGAGAUCCUGGACGAUUUGAUUACGUUAACCGUUCAGGAAAUUGAAAUGUAUCCGAGUAUACAGGCUAAGAUCUGGAGCACAAUCGGCAUGUUGCCAGAACUGAUAGACGGUGUUCUCGAUAUUUUUCUUCAACGUAGCACACGAUAUGGCUUAGGUUCACCGAUGGCCGAGAUUAUGGCUGAUACUGCUGUUGCUCUGGCAUCUGGUAACGUGGAACUGGUCGCCAAGAAAGUGAUUAACAAAGUAUGUCGAAUAGUGGAUAAAACGUGCAUGUCGCCAACGUCACAGUUAGAGCAGCAUAUAAUGUGGAGCGACAUAGCGAUUCUAGCGAGAUAUCUUUUGAUGUUAUCUUUUAAUAACUGUCUGGAUGUAGGAAAACAUUUGCCGUAUCUCUUUCAUACGGUAACGUUGCUCUUAUGUUCUGGUAGUUUGACUAUGCGAGCUUCCACUCAUGGUUUAGUGAUCAACACUAUUCAUUCAUUAUGCACAUGUAGUUCGCCUGCUUUUUCCGAAGAUACACAUAGGAUACUACGGAUGAGCUUAGACGAGUUCUCAUUGCCCAAGUUUUAUCUAUUGUUUGGCAUCAGCAAAGUGAAAUCUGCUGCUGGCACAGCCUUUUACAAACAUCCAAACUCCAGCAAUAAACCCGUGAAUGAAAAGUGGAGUAGCGAUCAAAGAAGUUCGCAUGGAACGCAGGACAAGGAGAGACUUUAUUUGCCCAGUUUGGAAGUCGAUUGGUUAAAAACGUGGACUUCGUUAGCGAAGAACUUUGCUUUCUGCUUAAAUCCAGCUUUGCAGCCGAGGGCUCUCAUCGUCUUUGGUUGUAUCAGCAAAAGUAUAACGGAUAAAGAUAUGAAACAAUUGCUGAAGAUAUUGAUGAAGGCGCUCGAAAGUUUUAACGAUAUUAAUCUUAUAGAGGCUAUUGUUAUGUGCUUAACACGACUGCAACCUCUUCUGAGACCUGAAUCUCCAAUACAUAGGUAUUUAUUCUGGGUUGCCACAUCCGUUCUAGAGUUAGACGAAACGUCGUUAUAUGCAUCCGGUCUAGCCCUUCUAGAGCAAAACUUGCAUACACUUGAUUCGCAAGGCACUUUCGAUGAGAAGACACUAGAACACGUAAUGAUGUCAACGCGUGAAUCUUUGGAACCUCAAUUUAAACUAUUGGAUUACACCGUGGGCUUGUCCUUUAAGUCUAACUUUCAUUUCGCGCUGGUUGGUCAUCUCCUGAAAGGCUACAGGCAUCCUACACCAACUACAGUAACCAGGACGGUCAGAGUAUUGACCAUGUUACUGGCAAUCAUAGCUAAACCCUCCAAAAGGGAUAAGUUUGAAGUAACGCCUGAAAGUGUCCCUUACUUAACUGCACUAGUGGCUGUGUCAGAAGAAGUUCGUAGUAGAUGUCACAUUCGACAUUCACUUGACAAAAGCUUACACGAUUCAUCAGGCAGUUCAGAUGUUCUUGACACUUUACCAUCGCGCAAUACGGAAAUGCCUGGAGCUUCUAAUCCUAGGAGGCAGAAAACUUGGGAUUUACUGGAUCAAUCAGCACUUACUCAAGCAAAACAACAAAAACAAUCUGCACAGACUGGCCGGCUUUUAUUUAAAUCGCAGCGAUCCUUGAGCGUGCCGAGCGCAAAGGACGACAAGUCGACGGACAGCACAGAACAACAGAGAGAUCGGAGUACGAGAGUGAGUUUAAGCAACGAAAAUAACGUUUUGCUCGAUCCGGAAGUGUUAACAGAUUUUUCAACACAGACUUUGGUGCUGACUAUGCUAGCUACGCUAGUAAAAUAUUCCACUAGCGAAAACGAAACGCGAAUUCUUUAUGAGUAUUUAGCGGAAGCAACUAUAGUUUUUCCGAAAGUUUUCCCAGUCGUACAUAACUUGCUUGAUGCGAAAAUCAACAGUAUAUUGUCUUCUUGUCAAGAUCAAGUAAUAUUAAGUGCAGUACAAACGAUUAUUCAAAACAUGAUUGCCUGUGAAGACUCAAAUCAACAUCAUUUGCAACAUUAUUUGCAAAGUUGCGGAUUUCGGGGUCUUUGGAGAUUCGCAGGCCUUUAUACGAAUUCUAAUUGUACGCAUGAGAAUGCUGAGUUGUUUGUUAAUUGCUUGAAAGCAAUGGUGGAAAUAUUGGAAACGUAUUUGGUACAAGAAUCGAAUAGUAAAGAGGAAGUUAUUAUCAGGAAAAGUAAACGGGCCAAUAAUAAUCAAACAGACAACACAGAAUCCAAAACAAAAUCCAAAACAGAAUCCAAAACAAAAUCGAAAACAGAAUCCAAAACAGAAUCCAAAACAAAAUCAUCUCCUGUCCAAGAACAAAUUCGUGUUCAAGAACAAAUUCGUGUCCAAGAACAAACCGAAAUUGACAUUCAUGCAGAUUGUACAGAUAACAAUACAGAUAACAAGCAAGACGAUUCAGUUGAUAUACGUCGAGUUGAGGAUACGGGUGGCGAUGAUGGUGGCGGUCAUUCACAUUCUUAGCAAUUAAUUUAUGAUACUGACAGACAGCAUGAUAAAAGUGUGCAUAAAAGGCAAAAUAAUCGAAAGUUGCAACGACAGAUGAGGUGUGCGAAUUCUAAAUAAUUGUAAAUAUAGAACUUCGCACACAUUUAUCCCCUAUUUCUGCUGCAACAUGUCAGUUUAGUACAAUACCGUCAGUUUAGUACAAUGCCGUCCACGAUAUAAUGAGCCUACAGAAAUGGAAGUCAAUGAAAGCUACAUUUCUGAAGAAUCUUACUUUAUUUUUAUUAACGUUUAUGUAUUAACAACAGAACUUUUUAAGUUCUGUUUAAACUUGUAAUUAUUUUAUCAAUGAACCGUAUAAUACUUACUAGCCGUACAAAAUUUGUAAGUAUAAAUUUUUUUGCUAUAUAACGUAAAACCAAGCUUUAGCAAAUUAGUAUAUAAUAUUUCGUAAUAAUAUAAUUUUAUCAACAUUUACGAAUAGAAAAUGAUUUAUUUACGAUAUACAAGUCAAUUUUUUGUCAAAAAAUUUGUCAGCAACGAGUAUAUGUUCGAUAUUUUAUUCAUAAUUAUAUACGUAUAAUUUAUUGACUGGUUCUGCCACGAUCGCAAUACACUACAUAUGUACAGAAUCUCAAUGAUCCACAGUGAACCACGGAAGAAACGCGGAAAAAAAGUAUAUAAAUAAAAAUUUAAUAACUAUUG